GCACCAAAUCGAUUUAUCGAUUGCCGUUGAUCAGCGUACCUUCAGUUUAGUUUAAAUCGUUUUAAAAUUCGCAUUAGUUCCUUAAUUCCCAUCAUGAACGCCAGUUUAAUUGUAGUUUUACUUGUUUUCUUCAUCUCCAGUUGCCAAUGUGGCAUGUUGGGCUUGUUUAACGAGUGGUCAGAUCAGUUGGAGAGCCAAAAUGUUGACACUUUCAGGAAAUGCAGAAAACGCCGAGACACAGGAGAAAAGGGAAUUAAGCCGGAAAUCACGAACUCGCCCCAGGCAGGGAUGGUUUCCCUUGCGGACAUUGAGGAAGGAAGACUGACCGAUGAAACAGACACCCCAGUAAAUUCGAAGACUAAACGAUGCCCUAAGGAUGGUUUUACCGGUUUGGUUGGAAAGGCCCUUCCUGGAUCAACACCAAAUGCUCCCCAUGCUCUUGCCUUGGUAAAAAGGCAAAUGGAUGAGUUGAAUGAGGAGAAAUGUAAAAGCUGCACCCGAGACCCAAGCUGCAUUCUCCUAAAACAUUGCGAAAAAUGUAGAAAGUAUUGUGGCUUCCUGCCCGCUUUUGUCAGCGACUCUCUUGUAUUGGAAGAUAUACAGCAUUUCCCAGAAUCAAGCAGGAUGAGCUCUGCAGAAACGAAACCAAGAGGUCGGUCCACGUUAGUGCACCGAGUCGGUAUCUACAAGCAUGAACUUAAGAACAUAAUUUCUCGAAUAAUUGGAAUAAAAAACCCCGAAGAUGUUGAAAGUGUUUUCAUUUAUGCAACUACGACCUCGAACGUGCCUCCAGAAGUACAGCAACUAGAAAGCCAUGAAUCAUUUGAGGAGGUUAAAGAGCCAACUGAAAAGCAAGCCGCUAAACCUGAUGACUUGCAAACUGAAGAUAUGGCAAGUAAAUUGAAUCGAGCUUAAAAUUCCCAAACUUACAAAAACUUGUUAGUUUUAACUGUAUUUAAUAAAUGCAUUUUACUAUGAA